AUGGCCGGCGAAACCGGCCCAGUCGAGAUAUCACGGGCCCUAGCCAUGUUAAUGGCCGGCUUCUUUACUCUAGCCUGCUGGAACGUCAUCGAAAUCUCCUACUCCAUCCUCACCACCUUCCAGCGCUACAGCGGCCUCUACUUCUGGAGUAUGGUUAUCGCCACGCUAGGAAUACUCUUACACGCCAUAUCCUCCUUUCUCCGCUACUUCGCCCUCGCACCGAACUUCCCCAUGUGCUUCCUCAUCUGCCUGGGUUGGUAUGCGAUGGUCACCGGACAAUCUGUGGUGCUGUAUUCGCGACUACAUCUCGUGACUACGCAUCAGCAUUAUCCGCGAUGGAUUCUUUACAUGAUCGUGUUCAAUUUCUGCGCGCUGCAUAUCCCGACGACGAUCCUUUUUCUUGGGGCCAAUAACGGGAUUACUAGUUUUGUGUCGCCAUUCAAUAUCUACGAGCGGAUUCAACUGGCUGGUUUCGCUAUACAGGAAACUAUCAUCAGCGCUCUUUAUGUCUGGGAAACGACUACCUCUUUGAGACCGGUUUUGGCGCUAAAGGGCCGCCGAGGCAGGAGAGUGGUUGUGAAUGUCGUCGUCGUGAACGUGAUCGCCGUGUUAUUGGAUGCGACGCUUUUGACAACCGAAUAUACAAAUCACUUCGACGUCCAAACUACUUACAAGCCCGUCGUGUAUAGUAUUAAGUUACUAUUGGAGUUCACGGUGCUCAACAACUUGCUUGCGGUUAUUCUGACUACACCGUCGCCUAUUGAGGAUGUGAAUAUUGCAGAAGCGCCCAGAGAUGACGUCCAUAUUGGUCCCGUGCAAAGUGGGAGUGAUUUGAAUCCUGCUGUUGAUCCAGAUCAAGCUUCACCAAGUGACCGGCGAGGGUCGUCGAGAGAGUCUUUUCUCAAGACACAUGAGUUUUGGGAUCUUAAUCCCCACCACCUUUGA